GACAGACGAAAAAAAGGGCGGUGACGGUCUGACGGCAAGGGCUCCUGUGUUUAUUUUAUUGGCAGUUUUACAUCCAUGAAUGUUGUUGGUCUUACCAGAUUUCAUUUGGUUUAGCAAUAGUCCAUUAUAUUUCUACAGAUAGCAAGCUAUUGUAUUUAUCAACGUUGAAUUCUUCAACUUAAAAAUGUCGAUGGAUAUGAUACCAAAAGACCUGAGAACUGCUAGAGCAUGUUUAUUUUGCUCCUUGAUAAAGACUUUUGAUCAAUUUGAAUUUGAUGGGUGUGAUAACUGUGAUUCAUUUUUGAGAAUGAAGAAUAAUCGAGAUAAUGUAUAUGACUGUACAAGUUCAAAUUUUGACGGUAUGAUUGCCCUUAUGAGUCCAGAAGAUAGUUGGGUAGCUAAGUGGCAAAGAAUCAAUAGAUUUACUAAAGGGAUCUAUGCCAUUUCAGUCGCUGGUAAACUUCCAAAUGGUGUGAUUCGUGACCUCAAGAGCAGAGGCAUCAUCUACAAACCAAGAGACACGAGCCUGAGAUAAACUACCUUGAAUGCUCUUUAUGCACUAUACUAAAUAUCCAUUUGGCUUAUUUAAUUAAAACACAUUUCUUGAUAUAAAAUAUAGAAUUUUUGUAAGCAAUACAAAUUAAUCCUUUUCUUUCUUA